ACGGGGGUGGAGAUCAGGAGCUUCCAGCUUCCGCAGCCUGGCUGCCACGUGCAGAGCUGGGACGCCUGGCUAGGGGGCGGAGAGGGGGGAAAUCUUUGGAUUUGGAAGUCGUGGGGCCUGUGCCUCCCGUCCUAACCAGCCCCCCUUUGACUCGGCUCUAGAGGAGAUUCCUCCCAUCUCGGCAGGAGGGGGCCAGUUCAGGGAGGGACAGCAGAUUAGGGCCUAGGGGGCCACGUGACCCUCCCCCAGGAAUGCAGUGACGUCACUGGGGGCGUGGCCGUCCCCAAAAUUGGGGAGGAAGGGGAAAAAAAGAAGCAGAAAAAGUUUCUUUCCUGGAGUCCCAAACGAAGUGUGGGACAGAACAAGAGGUGGGGAUCAAGGCCACAGUCCUAGGGCUUUGUGAAGCUCUGACCGCUGUCUGGAGUACCCCCUGUUCCAGGCCAUGUCGGGGCCCACCUGGCUCCCCCCAAAGCAACCAGAGCCCAACAGAGUUCUUCAGGGGAGAGCGCUCCCUCGAGGCCCCACAGGGUCGUCAUCAGUCCACGGAGCAGCACUCCAGUCCCACCCCAGGGUCAAUUUUUGCCCCCUCCCAUCUGAGCAGUGUUACCAGGCCCCAGGGGGACCAGAGGAUCGGGGGCCGACCUGGGUGGGGUCCCAUGGAACACCCCAGCGUUUACAGGGACUCCCCCCAGACAGGGGGGGCCUGCGCCCAGGAAGUCUGGAUGCUGAGAUAGAUUCACUGACCAGCAUGCUGGCUGAGUUAGAUGGGGGUCGAGGUCAUGUUCCACGACGACCAGACCGGCAGGCUUAUGAGCCCCCUCCACCUCCUGCCUACCGCCCAGGUUCCCUGAAAUCCAAUGGAGGGAGUGUUCCACCCCCGCUGCUCCCUGCAUCCCCCUAUGGGGGCCCCACUCCAGCCUCCUAUGCUACCGCCAGCACCCCAGCUGGCCCUGCCUUCCCAGUGCAAGUGAAGGUGGCCCAACCUGUGAGAGGCUGUGGCCCGCCCAGGCGGGGGGCCUCUCAGGCCUCUGGGCCCCUUCCAGGCCCCCACUUUCCUCUCCCAGGCCGAAGUGAAGUCUGGGGGGCUGGCUAUAGAAGCCACCGUGAGCCAGGGCCAGGGGGCAAGGAGGAGGUAACUGGAGUCUCUGGCCCUGUAGGAGGAGGAAGAGGAGGCGGGCAUGGGCCCCAGGUCCACUUGAGCCAGCCUCCGGAGGAGGAGCUGGAGAGACUGACCAAGAAGUUGGUGCAUGACAUGAGUCACCCACCCAGCGGGGAGUACUUUGGCCGGUGUGGCGGCUGUGGAGAAGAUGUGGUCGGAGAUGGGGCUGGGGUUGUGGCCCUAGACCGUGUCUUCCAUGUUGGCUGCUUUGUGUGUUCCACGUGCCGGGCCCAGCUCCGGGGCCAGCAUUUCUAUGCAGUGGAGAGGAGGGCCUAUUGUGAGAGCUGCUAUGUGGCUACCCUGGAGAAAUGUUCUACAUGCUCCCAACCUAUCCUGGACCGUAUCCUGCGGGCCAUGGGGAAGGCCUACCACCCUGGCUGCUUCACCUGUGUGGUGUGCCACCGUGGCCUUGAUGGCAUCCCCUUCACAGUGGAUGCCACCAGCCAGAUCCACUGCAUUGAGGACUUCCACAGGAAGUUUGCCCCACGAUGUUCAGUGUGUGGUGGGGCCAUCAUGCCUGAGCCAGGUCAGGAAGAGACAGUGAGAAUCGUUGCUCUGGAUCGCAGUUUUCACAUUGGCUGUUACAAGUGUGAGGAAUGUGGACUGCUGCUGUCCUCUGAGGGUGAGUGUCAGGGCUGUUACCCGCUGGAUGGCCACAUCUUGUGCAAGGCCUGCAGUGCCUGGCGCAUCCAAGAGCUCUCAGCCACUGUCACCACCGACUGCUGAGUCUUCUGAGAAGCACAGGCUGCCAUCCUAAGUCCCCAUCCAUCACCCUCCCUGAAAUCUACACUUAGAAUUUUUCACCAGAUGCUGUCCCUUCUUCCUCCAAUCAUGAAAUAAUAAUCCUUCAAGAGUUUACAAAACA